CUUGUCCCUAAUCGAUAUGCAACACUACAAUUCUUGGGCAUUUUUUUCACGCUACGGAGAAAAAAUUAUUACUUCGGAAUAAAAAAAACUGUAUUUGAAAAACAAAUCAAUUGCAAAAGAAGUUCGUAAGUGGUACCACGAAUUACUCUGGACCGAAAAAACAACAUAUUUUGAUUUCUUCAAACGUGCCUAGACACACAAAAACGGAGCAAAAAAUCCUUGUGGAGCGAGACGGAAAAUCGAAAAUAAAUUAAACAUGGCCGAGGAUUUCGAUGUGGAAGCAAUGCUCGAGGCGCCGUAUCAAAAAAACAAUAUCAGUGCGGGCAGCGGGGGACGAGUUGGCGGUGGCGGACGUGGACGGAGUAGUGGCAGCGACAGUACUGGACAGGAUGAGGAUUAUGCUGAAAAUAAUGGUAAUGGUGGUUCUUCACGCAAUGGACGUGAAAGGAGCUUGAGCAAAAAACGCAGCAAGCGAUCGAGAAGUCGCAGUGGCUCUCGUGAUGGCAAAUCUAGACGUGAUCGCGGCAGCGAUCGUAGCAGUAAUCGUGAUAAAAACAGAGAUCGAGAACGUGACCGGGAUCGUGAACGUGAUCGUUAUCGUGAGAGCAGCAAACGCACUGGAAGCGAUAGAGAUCGUGAAAGAGAACGAGAACGGGAUCGAGACAAGGAAAGAUCAUCGAACCGCAGGAGUCGCUCACGUGAAGAUCGUGGACGUUAUGAGCGCAAUGAUCGAAAUCGUGAACGUGAUCGGGAUCAUGAUCGUCGAUCACGUGAACGUCGUGGCGGCAGUAAAUCCAUGCAGCGGGAUCGUUCAAAGGAACGUCGUCGACGCAGCCGUUCAAAGGAAUAUCAGCGCAAACGCUUGAGUCCCGUAAAGGAACGUCAUCAAACUCAUUCAAGGUCCAGGGAUAGAAACAGUCGCCGUCGUGGCAGCUAUUCACCCCAUCGUCGUUCACCCAAUGGCGGUGCUGGCGAUCGUACACCGCCCACUGAGCUCAGUCCGGAGGAGCGUGAUGCUCGGACUGUCUUUUGCAUUCAAUUGUCACAACGUGUUCGUGCCCGAGAUUUGGAGGAAUUCUUUUCCAGUGUCGGCAAGGUGCGAGAUGUCCGUAUGAUUACAUGCAAUAAGACGAAACGUUUCAAGGGCAUAGCAUAUAUUGAAUUCGAGGAUCCUGAAUCCGUGUCACUGGCCUUGGGUCUGUCGGGGCAACGUUUGCUCGGUGUACCAAUAAUGGUGCAACACACACAGGCCGAGAAGAAUCGUUUGCAAAAUGCUGCACCAGCUUUUCAACCCAAGAGUCAUACAGGGCCCAUGCGUUUGUAUGUUGGUUCAUUGCAUUUUAACAUUACGGAAGAUAUGUUACGUGGCAUAUUUGAGCCAUUCGGAAAGAUAGAUGUCAUCCAAUUGAUUAUGGAUACCGAAACAGGACGCUCAAAGGGCUAUGGUUUUAUAACGUAUCACAAUGCAGACGAUGCCAAAAAAGCUUUGGAGCAAUUAAACGGUUUCGAAUUGGCUGGACGACCCAUGAAAGUGGGCAAUGUGACUGAACGUUUGGACAUGAAUACCACAUCAUUGGACACAGAUGAAAUGGAUCGCACUGGCAUUGAUCUGGGUGCUACUGGACGCUUGCAGCUAAUGUUUAAACUGGCCGAAGGUGCUGGUUUAGCAGUGCCGCAGGCAGCUGCGAAUGCCUUAUUGGCCACUGCUCCGCAACCGGCACCAGUGCAACAGCAACAACAAACACCAUCUAUAGCCACACAGUGUUUUAUACUAUCGAAUAUGUUUGAUCCGGCUACAGAGACAAAUACCACUUGGGAUAGCGAAAUACGGGAUGAUGUGCUGGAAGAGUGUGCCAAGCAUGGCGGCGUCUUACACAUACAUGUCGAUACGGCAUCCAGCACUGGGACUGUCUAUGUGAAAUGUCCAAGCACCACAACUGCUGUCUUGGCUGUGAAUGCUCUGCAUGGACGUUGGUUUGCCGGACGAGUUAUUACGGCCGCUUAUGUUCCAUUAAUCAAUUAUCACUCAAUGUUUCCGGACUCCAUUGGUGCCGUCAAUUUGAUAGCAUCAACGCGUAAAAAUGCCGACGAUUGAUCAUGAUGAUGGUGAUUCAAUUCAAGAUACGCAAAUUUAUUGUUAUAAUUCGUUACACAAAAAACAAAAACAAACAAAAACCAAAACAAAAGCAACAAAAUUUCAACAAAAAAAAAACCAUAAUUUUUUUUAGAAAUUUUUUCUUUUUUUAAAGACAUUUUUCAAUGUAAGCUAAACAGAAAUUGGGCACAUAUUGAAAUACAAAAAAUCUUAAUAUACAUAUAUAUAUAUAUACAAAUAUAUAUACCAACAUAUAUUAAUUAGGCAUUCCUAAUCAAAGCCAAAAUGCUAAUACAUUGGUGUUUCUCUUUCUUUCCUUUUUUUCUAAAAACUUAAAAACCUUAAACACAUUGUGCGAAUAUAUAUGUAUAAAAAAUAUAUAUAGAGUACAUUUACAAAGAAUAUUUUAAAAACCGCCUAAAUGCAGAUUGUAAAAACCAUCCAAAAAAUCUUUUUGUAGAAAUUUCAAAAAGUAUUUAAUCAAAAAUAAAAAUUGAUAUCAAAAAAUCAAAA